UGGAUCAACGAAUCAAUCAAUCAAGGGCCUGAUCGAAACGCAGGCCGAUCGACUGAAAUAUUUGCCGUACUGAGUUCGCCAUGGGCGACGACGCCGGAAUCACGCCGACGCUGCCCCGCUGCCUCCUCGUCUUCCUCGCCGCCGUCGCCGUGGCCGCCGCUUCGGCCGAGGAGAACGGCGGCGCGGGAUGGCACGUGUCCCCGUCGCCAUCGCCGUCCCCUUCGGUGGUGUCGUCGUCGCGCGCGCGGACGUCGAAGCACCACCCGUGCCUGGAGAACCCGCCGAACAUGACGGAGAACACCGGCGGGGAGGCCGGCGAGGUCGUCCACGACUACGGCGGCCUGGAGGCCUACGUCACCGGCUCCCGCCGCUUCCACCUCGCCGUCAUCCUCGUCUCCGACUACUACGGUUUCCGAGCACCAAAACUGAGGAAAAUAGCGGACAAAGUUGCGCUUCGUGGAUACUGCGUUGUGGUUCCUGAUUUGUUGUUCGGAGACCCUUACACGGAUGAUCCGGCGAGGCCAUUUGAGGAGUGGAUCAAGACUCACUCUCCGGUGGAAGCAGCUGAAAAGACUAAACCCCUUAUUGCGGCUAUGAAGAAAGAUGGGAUGUCUUCUAUUGGGAUCGGAGGCUAUUGCUGGGGUGGAAAGGUGGCCACGGAAAUAUCGAAAACCAAAGAAACCAAAGUAGCAGUCAUUUCGCAUCCUGCGCUAGUGGUUGUGGAAGACAUGAACGAGGUUAAAAUCCCCAUUGAAAUUCUUGGAGGUGAGCUUGAUACUUUGUCUCCACCAAAGCUAGCGCACCAGUUUGAGGAUGCCUUAGAUAAGAACAAAAGGGUUGAUCACUUCGUGAAGAUCUUUCCGAAGGCACCCCAUGGCUUCGCUUGCAGAUACAACACCAGCGAUCCGUUCGCCGUCAGAACUGCAGACGAAGCUCGAGUUGACAUGGUUAAAUGGUUCGACAAGUAUCUGAAACUCUGAGACAGCUGGGAGCUUCAGCUGCACGAAUCCUUGGACUUGGAUACAUCCAAUAAAUAAGAAAAAGACUACUAUGUGCUGCCCUGAGCCCCUGAUGUAUCCGAUAAAUUAGAAAUUAAUUGUGCAGCUUACAUAAUUAUCAAAAUUCUCUAAA